AUCUUUUGCAGGCUGAUUUGUUUUUGGCUCCACAGAUUAAUGCAGCAACAAAGAGGUUCAAUGUUGACAUGGCUCAAUUUCCUCUUUUAGCUAGGUUGAAUGAUGCCUAUAAUGAGCUACCUGCAUUUCAAGAUACUAUCCCAGAGAAGCAACCAGAUGCUCCUCCAUCAGUAGCCAGUUAAACUUGUCUUACUUUCAGUGCCUAUUGAACUUAAAAGGUAAAGAUGUCAAAACCAUCUUUUAAAUAGCUAGAAAUAAGAAGGAAGUUUGUGAAAUGUUAUUCCUGUAUGUGGAAUGGCGUGUGCACCUUAUGGAAGUGAUACUGAAUAAAUUGGUAAACGAUAU